AGUCAAAAUUUUGUGUUGUUAUUUGAAUUAAAUUAGAACCAGUUUUUCAUGGAUGUUUUGUGAAUAGCUACAAUGAGGUCCUUCAACAUUUUUGCCUUUAUAUUAAUGGGAAUAUCCUUGAUAGUUUCUUACGGACAUUCUGCACCCCGUUUAUCACGCUAUCGUGAUGUGGUAUGGCGUAAUGAUAAUAAAAAUAGUGGGCUUGAUGAAAAAGAUGAAUUGAAUUAUGACAACGGAUUUGCCAAUAAUUAUCACGACGGGAAUUAUGAUGAUCAAUAUGAGAAUUAUGAUGAUCUAUCAAACAAUGGUUAUGAUGAUUUAGAAGAUAAUGGGCAGAAUGAACAUGAGGAAGAACUUAAUCGCGAAACUACACGAAACAAUAGAAGACUAUACAAAUUGAUUGAAGAUAAUGGGCCUGUUAGAGAACCUAGUUUUGAAAUUCCUACAGGAAAUAAUGCGAUACCAUACGAUCAAGCAUGAAAAAUUUAACAUCAAAUUAAAAUUAAAACUCGAAAAUUUGAUUCCAAUGCGAUUACCUUGUACGUAAA